AGCCAUUUUGGCUCAAGGACAUCGGGCUCGAGAGCUCGUCCAAGGCCGCUGCCCCGCAGGCAGCAGCGACAUCCACCUCCCUGGCCAGAUCCGCAGCGAUCAUGGCCCUGGCUUUCGUCGCCGCGCCCACGGCGCCCACCGCCGGCCCCGCGCCCGCCCUCCGCGCCGCCGCCGCCGCCGCGGGGCCCGCCUCCGAGGGCGGCGCGCCCGCCGGCCUGACGUCCGCGGCGUGCACCCUGGUGGCCGCUGCCGGGGUGGUGUCUGCGGCGGGCCGCCGCCGCGCCGCGAAGAAGGCCGCCCCAGCCCUGCGCGCCUUCGAGAACGAGCUCGGCGUCCAGCCGCCGACGGGCUUCUGGGACCCCGCGGGCUACUGCUCGGACGGCGAUGCGCAGGAGUUCUACCGCCGCCGCUGCGUCGAGAUCAAGCACGGGCGCGUCAGCAUGAUUGCAUGCAUUGGGUACAUCGUGCCGGAGUAUUUCAAGUGGCCGGGCUACCUCAGCCCUUCUGAUGGCAUCAAGUUCGCCGACGUCCCCCACGGGCUCGACGCCAUCACGCGUGUGCCAGCCGUGGGGUGGUUUCAGAUCGUGCUCUUCGGUCUGUCCAUGGAGCUGUUCGCGGCAUACCAGGACCCCACCAAGCUGCCGGGCAAGCUCAGCUCCCGCCUCGUCAUUGCCCUGACCGAGAUCAGGAACAAGAGCAUCGCGGGCGGCGUCAACAACAGUGGCUACGAGUUCGGCCCCUUCGGCAUCCCCAACGCCCCCUCCAUCAAGGACCCAGAGGUGCGCAAGCAGAAGCUUAACGCGGAGAUCGCGAACGGCCGCCUCGCGAUGGUCGCCAUCAUGGGCCUCAUGUUCCAGAACGGCACCGUCGGCACCACAGGCCCAGAGAUGUGGCUGGGCGCCAGCGCGACAGCGCGGGGCACCCUCGACCAGGUGUCGUACGGCGAGGGGAUGAAGCCGAAGACGAACAUGUCCCCGCGCCCAGAGUUUCUGGAAGUCGGCGAGAGCAUGCCCAUGCCCGCACUGCCCCCUCCGGCCGGGAGCGCCGCGGCGAAGCUCCCGAUGGCGCUGCGGGGCACCGGGGGACCGUUCCCCGACGACGUCUGGGACCCGCUCAACCUCAUGGCUGGCAAGAGUGAAGAGCAGCUGCUGCACUGGCGCGCGGUGGAGCUGAAGCAUGCCCGCGUUGCCAUGCUCGCGGUGCUGGGCUGGUUCCACGUUGCGACCGGAUGGCACCCCGUCGGUGACGCAGCUGCGCGCAUGCGCGUCUCGGACGAUCCUCUGAUCAACUACACUCAGCUGCCGAUUGGAGGCGCCUUCCAGGUCGUGUUCACCAUCAUGGUCACGGAGUGGCUUCUCACAUACGUCUGCAAGCCUCCGAAGGAGGCGCCCUGGGACCUCGUCGGCUGGACGCCCACGCUGGUGGCGGAUCAGAACCAGCCGGAGUGGAAAGAGAGGCAGCUGAUGGAGCUGAACAACGGCCGUCUGGCCAUGGUUGCGUUCUUCGGCCUCUUGUUCCAGGACAUGGCCACUGGCGACUACGGUCCGUUCUUCGGGACCCCAGACGCGACUGGCGUAGCGAACGGGACCGGGAACUUCGACGGAGUCGAGCUCUUCAGGGGCCUGCCAUUCCCCAAGAGCCCGGGCGGCCUGACCCCGAACGUCUACCCGCCGGUGGGCUUCAUGAGCUACGACCCUCCGCCCAUGUGAGGAGCGCCCUCGAGGCACGCUUCACAGGUCUUCCCUAGGAUGCCUUUGGCGGGUUGUGUUUUUUUCUAUCGAGGGAGCGCGGCACAGCCCCACCGUUCGCAGAGCUGCAACGGAGGAGUGCGAAUCCCCGGAUAAACAAG